UUUCACAUAAACAUAGCAUCAUUUCAUCAUCCGCCAUGGCAAGGCCUUCAUUGUUCUUCUGCUUCACCGCCAUUUUCGCCCUAGGGUCCCUUCUCAACGCAGUUUCAGCUCACGUCACCGUCGCGAAACCGCCGUUAACGUCCGACACGAAAGCUCCGAAGACGGUCAACGACAUCGAGCCUUACAUUUCUUACAGAGUCAUGACUUUCGUGUCGAACCUCGAGAAGAACUGUCCUUCCACAAACUCCUUGAGUACGUUCUUCGAGAAACUGAAGGAUCUACUCAAGUUCGAAUCCUCCGUUUCCGCGUCCGUAAAUGGGGGAAACAGCCGGAAAAGCUUCAAGUUUGAGAUGAAAUCGAAAGCCGAUAAGCUCUUCCAAGCGAUGAUUCUGCUCAGAGCAGGAAGAGGAGGGCUCGGACUGAUGAGUUCAAGCAUAAGGAAUGAGAUGUUUGAAGUGAUUAGAGUUCUUACAGAAUUACAAGCAAUGAUCGGCAGAGUUCUGAUGGAACAGCACAUUAACGGUGAUGGAUCGAUGAAUCUUACCUUCGAACAGCAGAACGCGAUUAAAAGCGCUAUCUCGAAAUGGGAAGAAACGAUCAGCCGAGUCGUGAGAGUUGUCGUCGAAGGUAACACGCAAGUUUCGGGCUGGGGAAGAGACGGAUAUUCCGCUUCGGACAGCGGCGGGAGUUCAAAAACUACGACGACAACUGUGGAGAUUAACGGAGAAAGUAGUCGGAAUUCAAGGACGAGGAACUCCGUCGAUGUCAUCAAUGGAGGAAAUAGAGUUUCCACGAAAGGAUCGGUGACUGUCGAUAUCAAAGGAGGCAACGGAGAUUCAAGGAACGAUAUAAUCGUCGAUACAAAAGGAGGAAAAGAGAGUUCCUCAAAAGUUGACUCAGUAGAUGUUAAUGGAGGGAACGGAGCUUCAACAAUGGAGAUCAAUGGAGGAAAUAGAGUUUCAACAAAAGGAUCAGUGACUGUGGAUAUCAAAGGAGGCAAUGGAGAUUCGAGGGGCGAUAUUAUCAUCAAUAGUAAAGGAGGAGGAAAAGAGAGUUCUUCGGAAGCUAAAUCAGUAGACGUUAAUGGAGGCAAUGGAGCUUCAACAGUGGAGAUCAAAGGAGGAAACGCAAGUUCUGCACAAGGUAAGUCGGGUACAGCCGGUACGACAACGGAGAUCAAAGGAGGAGAUUCACAACAUUCGGGUAAGGUGACCGAUGUUAAAGGAGGGAAUGAAGCUUCCAUUAAUGGAGAUUCCUCGAAGGAAAAAGAAGCAGAGAUUCAUGCAAAAAACAAAGGUUCUGAGAAGGGUACAAAGCUAGAGAAGGAAAGAGAUGAGAACAAAGCUAAGGGAGAGACUAAACAAAGUGAUGUAGGAGAAAAUGAAGAUUCUGGCAAGGAGAAGAGAAAAGAGAGCAAAGGAGCUAACAAAGACAAGAAGAAGAAGAAGAAAGACGAUAAAGGGCACGACGAAGAAUCUAAGGGGAAAAACCAGGCAGGCAUGAAAGGAGAAAACACAGAUUCCGUGAAAAAGAAGAAGGUUGAGAACAAAGGAGAAAAGGAGGAGAAGAGGAAGAAGAAGGACGAGAACAAAAAGUCUAAGGAUGGUAAAUCGGAUGAUGAGAUUAAAGGAAGCACUACAAAGACGGAGGAGAAGAAGAAAGAGGAGAAAGGGACUAAGAAUAGUGAAUCUAAAAAGAACAAAAAAGAUGACAAAGAUUCUACCAAGAACAAACAAGCGAGCAUUCAAAGACAGAGUGAAGGCUCCAAGAAAGAGAAGAUGAAGAAAGAGAAUGAAGAACAAGUUAGUGUUCAAAAGGAAAGCUCUAAGAAGGAGAAGAAGGAAGGAAACAAAGAAUCUAAGGAUGGCAUAAAGUCGGAAGACAUUGCAAGGGAAAGCGGAAAAUCCACAAAGGAAAAGCAAGUAAAUGUUCGAGGAGAAAGUGAAGGCUCUGUGAAUAAGAAGAAGAAGGAGAAGAAAGAGAAUAAAGGAGAUGGCAAUGAUGGUUUUAAGUCAGGAGAGGAUAAAGAAGAUGGUGAAAGUUCAAUGAAGGAGAAACAAGUAAACGUUCAAGUAGAGAAUGGAGGAUCCAUGGAAGAGAAAGAGUCCAAGCUCGAUAAUGGAGAUUCCACGAAGGGAAAACAGGUAAAUGGUCAAGGGCAAAGUAGUGAAAUCGUAAUGAAAGAGAAGAGGAAAGAAAACAAAGGAAGUGAGAAAGAGACCAAGAAUGGCGAUUCAAAAGGUAACGAAGACUCGGCUAAGAAGAAGCAAUACGAUGAUAAAGGAGCCAAGAACGAUAAACCUGUAAAGAGUAAAGAACAAGAAGGUAAUUCCAUGAACGGAAAACAAGUAGAGGUUCAAGGAGAGAGUGCAAACGUAACGAAUUCUUCAAAUGGUGCAACUGUGAAGAUCAAUAGCAAUGGAGAGAAAUCCAUGAACAAGGAGACAACUCAGGUUGAAGAAAGAAAAGGAUCUAAAGGUGACAGUACCAAAUCUACUAAUGGUGUAACAGUGGAGGUUGAAGGAAUCAAUGGAGAUUCCAUGAACAAGAAUCAAAACCAAGAGAAUCUACAAUCGACAAAAGACAUGGAGGCUAAGACAUCGAACGAGGUCAAAGGUUUCAUAAUGAAACUGGAGAAGAACUCUCCCGACACACAAGAGUUCAGGACAUUCUUCGAGAAACUCAAGGCUUACAUGUAUUACGCGUGCCCUAACCCUUCAACGGUCGAGACAAAAGAUUCACGAUCCUACAUUUCGGAGAUGAUUUCAAAGGCCACAAGCCUCUCGGAAGCAAUGGCUAUAUUACAAGCAAAGAACAGGGGGUCACAACAGAUGGAGACAACGUUGAAUGGAUACCAGCAAGAAGUGAUGAAGACACUUAAUAUGUUACAAAGCAUAAUGGGUAAGGUUGUGUCCACACAGCAAGGAUCAUCAUCAUCAUCAUCGAUGAUGAUGCUUACGUUAUCACAGCAACAGGCAAUCAGAGAUAUAAUCUCGAGAUGGGAACAGGUGAUUUCUCAGUUCGUGAAAAUCGCUAUUAACAGUGAUAGAGAAUAUUCAAUCGAGUUCUCUACUCACCGAGGAGGAAAUGGAAAUGGGUUUCACGUGAAGACCAAGCGUUCGAGAUUCAGUUUCCAUAGUUCCGGUCGGUAUUGGUGAAAUGAUGGCUAGACCAUCUCCCAUUGGUUGAGAUUAACAAAAAAAAACAAAAUUAAUAAAUCUUGUAUAAAAUAUAUUGUAGGAUUUACUUUUCGGUUGUAAAUAAAACCCGAAUCGUGACCUUUAUGACGGUCUACGUGGGUAUUUAUGAUUUAUGUAAAUAUAUAUUGAGGUUGUAAGCUUAUAAGCAAAUUCUAUAACAAUUGUCUCAUAUAUUAUAUAAAAUGUGCUGAUUUUUUUUGUUA